AGCAGCAGACACAGGCAGAAGAAACAGAGCAUGUUAGAGAAGCAGGGAGAGGUGGGAAGGUAGAGGUAGGUAGACAGUACAGAGAUGCAGUGCUACAGUGUCUGCGAGGCUGUCAGUAGCGCAACUCUUCAUCCUCUCGUCAGGGAUGUGGUAUGGAGCUGCGAUGCACAGAUUCACUGCAGGAGCAGGGGAUGCAGAUAGAAGUUCACCUUGAGCUGGAGUCCAACAGUGCCGCUCUGGACCUCUGGGAUUACAAGAAAUGCUCAUUGAUCCCAAGAUCAACAGAGAUUUAAUCAGAUCUGACAACCUGCCGAACCAAAAGUGGCUCCAGAAUCUUUAACUUUUGGAUUACUGGUCCAGACUUACACCAGAACGUCUGACAGAGAGGCUCUAAACUGACAAUCCAGGGCCAGAAAUCAAACAGGUACUUGCUUUGGCAGAAACUUGCCAGCUGUCUCUACGACUGUGACACCCAGAGCUCACACUGGAACCCCGCAAGGCCACGACCAAGCAGGUCCUGCAGCCCAGGGACCCUGGAGCUGGCCUGACCUUGGACCGUCUGUCACCUGAACCCCUGGUGGCACCGGCAGAGACGCCCAGCAUGUCUCACACCGGAGGACGAAUCCACAACAAAAAGGCUGGCAUUCGGGCCGCCGUGAUCCUGAUCGGACUCCUGCACAAGUCUCGCAAAGCCAAGGAGAAGGAGAGGGAGAGGGAGAGGGAGAAGGAGGAGAGCGAAGGGAAACAGGAGCUGCUGAACAUUUCCAACGUCCCUCUGGGAGAAUGUCCGCCCUCGCCGCCCCGCACUGCACCGCCCAACAUGAAGUCCGCAGAGUUCUUCGAUAUGCUGGAAAGGAUGCAGGUCCCUAAAGCUGAAGAGCCCAAAAGAUGGAAGGAUGACUAUAUCCCCUACCCACGGAUAGAAGAUGUCCUGGAUAAAGGUGGUCCAUACCCCCAGGUGAUCCUGCCACAGUUCGGGGGUUACUGGAUUGAAGAUGUGGAGGCGCCAGCAGGGACCCCCUCCUCCUCGGAGUCCAGUUUCUGUGAGGAGGAGGACGGAGGAGAGGGCAUGAGCCCUGGCGGGGGGCACAGCUACCGCCUGGAGUGUAACAGCACAGCCCGCGCCUACCGCAAACACUUCCUAGGCAAGGAACACAUGAACUAUUACUGCACUGGCAGCAGCAUAGGACACCUCAUCAUGUCUCUGAAACACGAGGAGGCUGAGGGACAGGAGUUCCUACGCAUCAUGCUCAGGUCGAGGAUCAAAACAGUCCAUGACAGGAUCUCUUUAGCAGGAAUCAACCAGCUGCCCAGUGUACCGCAGAUUGCCAAGCUUCUGUGUGACGAUGCCACGGGGCUGAAGUUCAACCCGGUCCUCUACCCUCGGGGAUCCCAGUUGAUAGUGGCGUAUGAUGAACACGAGGUGAACAACACCUUCAAAUUUGGAGUCGUCUACCAGAAGUUUGGACAGACGUCAGAGGAACAGUUGUUUGGGAACAACGAGGAGACGCCAGCUUUCAAGGAGUUUCUCAGCAUCUUGGGCGACAAUAUUGACCUUCAGGACUUUAAAGGGUUUCGUGGUGGGCUGGAUGUAUCCCACGGACAGACAGGCUUUGAAUCCGUCUACACCGUCUUCAGACGGAGAGAGAUUAUGCUCCACGUGUCAACCAAGCUUCCCUUCACCGAGGGAGACGUCCAGCAGCUCCAGAGGAAAAGGCACAUAGGAAAUGACAUUGUGGCCGCAGUCUUCCAGGAAGAGGCCACGCCGUUUGUUCCAGACAUGAUCGCCUCCAAUUUCCUGCACGCUUAUGUGCUGGUGCAGGUUGAGAACCCCUGUACAGAGCACACAACGUACAAGGUGUCUGUUACAGCGAGGGAGGAUGUGCCUCCUUUCGGACCUCCUCUCCCGAACCCAGCUGUCUUUAGGAAGGGUCCUGAGUUUCGAGACUUCCUGCUGACAAAGCUGAUCAAUGCUGAAAACGCCUGCUACAAAUCCGACAAAUUUGCCAAACUAGAGGGGCGAACGCGAGCUGCGCUGCUGGACAACCUUCACGACGAGCUGCACAGACAGAGCCAGGCCACGCUGGGUCUGGGCCAGGCGGGAGAGGAGGACAAACUGGAGAACGGGGGCCACGGGGGUCUGCUAGAAUCCUUCAAGAGAGCCAUGCGUGUCAGGAGCCACUCCAUGGAGACCAUGGUGGGGUCUCACCGCCACAGGAGCCCCGGGGUAGGAGGCGGCGUCCCGGCCAGCGUGAGCGGAGGAGGCCUGCCGCAGAGCACCAGCGAAUGCACAAAGAGCACCUUCACUCCUCCUGUGUUGGUGUCAGCCAAGUCUCCUCUGAAGAGCCCGGUGAAACGGCGCUCAGGCCUCUUCCCUCGUCUCCACUCCAGCACAGAGUCCCCGUCGGACAAACACACUCGCAGCGACCAAAAGCUUGCAGAGAUCUGCCCGCUGUCCCAGGAUGUGAGGUCAGAGACUUCAUCCAAUCCCAGCUCACCUGAGAUCUGCCCCAACAAAGAGAGGCCGUUCAUCAAGCUGAAAGAGUGCGGCGGCGGCAGCGGCAGACCGAACAUCUCUCGUUCUUCAUCCAGCACCAGCAGCUUCAGCAGCACCACGGGAGAAACCGAAGCUCUGGAAGAACUGGAGACGGCCAGCCAUCCCUCUAUAGCGUCCUCCUCUGCCUUUAGUCCUUCCCUCAGCGUCGACAGUCAGGGAUCAGGUACCCCUGUCAUCAUGUGCCGCAGUCCAACAGAUGUGAAAAGUAAGACUUCACCGAGGUCAAACUUGAAGUUCCGCUUUGACAAAAUGAGCCACUCAUCCACAACUUCCGAGUAGCUUUGUGGAUUGGAAACAUCAGACUUGCACAACAAAGGGACAGCGGCGGGUUGACGGAGCUGCAAAGAAAAAAAAAAAUCACAACAACCACAAAAUCACUGUAGAGCCACUUCCAUUCGCCAAGGAUAAUCUGACGAGACUACCAACUGCACCAGAGUCCCCACACACUAUAAACUAACUGACAAUACUGUGAGUGUACAGUGAGGAGAAGCAGCUGACAUUAUUUCUUUUUAACCAACCUACAGAAAUUAGUCAAUACUUUGCCGAUGUUACAAGCUGCUGCAUCUCAGUUGUUAAUUGUUCACAUCACAUGGAAGUCCUAGCAUGGCUGUAAUACUGUGACUCUGCCUCAGCUUUUUCUCAAGCAUCUUGUUUAAUAGAGAGACACGGCGAUCUAGAAGAAUGGUUGGCCGAACUGUUACUCUUUAUCUAGUCGAUUGUGCAAUGGAAAGGACGUCAGGAUGUUCCCUUUUUGCCUUUUCCCUUGAACAGUAUGUCUGGCAACAGUUCCUCUUUUGACAAAAAAAAAAGUGCAGACCAACAAAUGCACAGGAACAUAAUGUAGACUUACAGUAGCAGCGUC